AUGACGCUAGAUGGGUUUUUAAACUCAUAUCUGUGUCUUGCGCUGGUCUGGAACACGCUGCUAGUGAGUCUCGUAAUAUCUACACACGUGCUGUUGCAACAUCUGGUUCACUACAAUAACCAUCGCCUUCAAUCCUAUGUCGUGCGCAUCGUCGUGUUCAUGCCCAUCUAUGGCGCGCUUACGUUCCUGCUCUACCUGUUGCCCAGUCUGGGUAAUAUGCUGGAGAUGCUACGUAAUAUAUGGGAGGGACUGCUAAUACACUCAUUCCUCUGCUUGCUCAUGGAGUACUGCGGCGGUGAAAACCAGUGCGGGGAGAUCAUUUCGAGAGACCCGGCAGUGCUGAAGCACUUGUGGCCGCUCAAGGAAAUAAAGGCAUUCUCAUUCAGCGACGACAUCCCUCUCAACGUCGGGUUCGUCAAACGAUGCCGCAUGGGAACGAUGCAGUAUGCGUUCGUCCGCCCCAUUCUCGCAAUUCUAUCGGUGGUGUUCAGACUCACGGGCAUUGACAAGUUCACGAUUGUUGCUGCAUUCAACUGGAUCGCAAUCAACGUAAGCGUGGCCGUUGCGCUCUACGCGCUCGCGCUUUUCUACCUCGCCACCAAAAAGCACCCUGGUCUUGCGAAGGCCAAUUGUCUCACUAAGUGCGUAUCGCUCAAGAUGAUGGUGGUGUUCACCUUUUACCAGGGAUGUAUCAUAUCGUGGUGUACAAGUUUAGAGCGUCAGGUGGCUGAGCAGCUCAACACUGUGCUCGUCCUGCUGGAGUUGCCGUUGUUUGCAAUAUUGCUGCAGAAGGCGUAUUGCGUAGAAGAGUUUAUACAGCCGUUGGAUCUGGAUUUGAAUUUGGAGGUGCCGGCAAAACCCAGAUCAGAGCAACAGGAGCAGGCGGACGUGGAGAGCCCACAGGUUUCGGAGCCGAAGUGCAUUUUUGACGAGAGAUUGUUGCAGCUCUGCAGCGCCAUAGGCCUAGAUGCCGACGACCUCCGCAUCGCAGGUACUGCAGAGGGCAUGGAGAAAAUCGUUUCAAACGCCUCUAUGGCCCUCAACAUGACGGACCUUUUGAAGGACCUUUAUUACAACUGCAGUGAUAAGUACCGUCAACACAGCCUGCUUUCGCAGGCAACUGUCAAACCGACGGACACGGAGUCGUCGGACAAGGCGUCGGGGAGUAACCCUAGCGACAACGUCGUUGAAAACUUCGCGGAGUUCGAAAAGGAACAAAACAAGCAAAACAUGGAGGAGAAGGCCAACACCCUCGCCAAGCUGCAGUUUCUCUGA